UGGAUGGGCUCUACAGUCCAGUAUCUUUCGGUGUGGAAGGAAACUGAGGCUGGGGUACUGUGGCCCCUGCUCCAGCGGGGCCUUGGGUGUGGAGUGGGCAGGUUGGGGAGGCCCUGCCCUUGGCUCCCCAUCCUCUCCCUGGGUGGGGGUGUACACAAAGGGGUGCUCCAGGUACCUGGGGCGCAGGAAUCCCAGGCAUGUGGCUCAGGGCCCAGAUUUUGGGGGGCCUCCUCCCCCUGCCUGGGAGGCUGGGUGGGGCCCCAUUCCAGCCUGGAGACCUAGGUGCCGGGCAUUUGUGGCCGCCCUGAGCCCCGGUACUGGCCCGCCCACAUCAGAACCCACCCAGUCCCCUCUCAGUGCUGGGCUGGACGCGGGAGGAGUGGGGUUCUUGUGCGUGUGCUGGUCCUUCCUGCCCUCCUUGAAGAACCAGCUCCUCCAGGCCUGAGGGGCUGGGGCAGGGUGCAGCCUGAGGUGACCAGACCAGCCCCCAACUUCCGGUGCUCAGUCUGCUUUGAUCAUGGGACUCCCUCGGAAUCCUGGGCUGCUGCUCCUCUGGGUGACGCCAUGGCUGCAGCCCAGAUUGUGCCUGGAGCUGGUCCCAUACAUGCCACAGAUCACAGCCUGGGACCUGGAAGGGAGGGUCACAGCCACUACAUUCUCCCUGGAGCAGCCUCGCUGUGUCUUUGAUGGGCGUGCCGGUGCCAACGACACCAUCUGGCUGGUGGUGGCCUUCAGCAAUGCCUCCAGGAACUUCCAGAACCCGCAGACCUUGGCCGAGAUCCCUACCUCCCCACAGCUGCUGACCAAUGGCUACUACAUGACACUGCCCUUGUCCCCGGACCAGCUGCCCUGUGAGGACCCAUCGGGUAGCAGUGGCGGGGUCCCCUUGCUUCGAGUAGGCAAUGACUUCAACUGUCAACAGCAGCCCUACUGCAAUACUCCCCUCCCCGGCCCAGGGCCUUACAGUGUGAAGUUCCUCCUAACCGAUGUUGCUGGCUCCUCCAAGGCUGAGACCAAGUGGUCAGACAUUAUUACUCUCCGCCAAGGGAAGGCCCCGGGCUCCAUCGACACGUGGCCCGGGCGUCGCAGUGGCUGUAUGGUCGUCAUCACCUCCAUCCUCUUGUCUCUGGCCGGUCUCCUGCUCCUGGCCUUCCUGGCAGCCUCCACCGUGCGUUUCUCCAGCCUGUGGUGGCCCGAGGAGGUCCCCGAGCAGCUGCGGAUCGGCUCCUUUAUGGGGAAGCGCUACAUGACCCACCACAUCCCACCCAGUGAGGCCGCCACCUUGCCUGUGGGAUGUGAACCAGGCCUGGACCCCCUCCCUAGCCUCAGCCCGUAGCCUGGCCUCUGUGCCCCCAGGCCUCUUCCCAGGGCACCCUGACCCAUCCAUGCAACAAGACCUCAAGCAACGGUCACUACACUGCAUCAUCCACUGCCCCGGGAAGGCUUGCAGCAGACAGUCCGUGAGGCUCGCCAGGGUUUUGGGUCAAUCACCUGACAAUCUUUUUCUUGCUCUCCUAGUAGCCACAGUGUGUUUUCCUGUGGUCCAGGGGAGGAAUACUGGGCUUACAUAGCCAAUCCACCUCUGCUCAGACCGCUAACAGGGAUGGACAAGCCACCAUCCUAAAAAUUCUCCAUUCUAUAGAAAGCAAAAAUCCUAAUACACUAUUCUGCCAGGCCCUUGUAUUUUUAUGCAUUUGCAAGAGUGAUCUAAACUAAAUAUUACCUCUCAUUUUGUAUAUCCUCCUUUAUGUGUAGCCCAAUUACAGCAGGAUUCUAGCCCAUGCAUGUCAGCUGUAGAUUAGGCUUGGAAAAUACAACUAUCUAAGGGGCAAUUCACUUUACUGACCUUAACUUUUAUUCCCUCAGAUGGUAACAUUAUUGGAGAUUUAAACCUAAUAUUCCUAUCUGUAUUCCAGAAGUUCAUGCCCCUCAUUUUGAAGAAGGUGAUUUGGGCCCUUGGCAGUCUUGCAGAGACCCAUACCGUGGAUGGGUUCAUGGAAGUUUAAUUAGUCCUUUAUAGACCCGUAUCCUAGAGGAUUCCUUAUGGAAGCAGAUUGAAAUUGGCCUGAGAUUUCCUUUUCAGGCUCUCCGGACAAUACAGUGUCCUCAGAAGCCCUGUCUACUGUUAUGUGGUCAGGUAGAUUAGGCUUAUUAUCAAUGACAAGGCUGGACCCAGACAGCAUACUUUAUGGAAAUUAACCCUGCCUUUUCACAGUGGACUACCCCAGACUGGGCAUCUGCAGCCAGUAAAUGGAGGAAAAGUCAAAAAUAAUAUUAUAAGAUCAUAGGUGUAUAAGAAUAAACAUAUGUAUUUAUGAUCCUGACAUGCUGUUAAUAGGAAAGAGUAGCGACAAAACAUUUUCAUAUACUAAUUGGUAUCUAGUCCAUUGUAUCAAACCCAAACUUCUUUUUAGGGACUCCACAAUAAUAAUCAUCAGCAGGAUGCCUGGAGUUUGGCUUCCAGUCAAUCUAAUGGAGCUUUGGUAUCAUUCACUUACCACCCUCUGGGUAGAGACUUUAAUUAAAAGAUUUAGCAAUCAAACCGA